AUGGCAGCCACCUACGAUAGGUGGAUCCAUCAUGGGGAGCCUUUACAUGCUGAACCUGGAGCUGAACCUGGAGCUGAACCUAGACAUCAACCUGAUGCACACCAUGCUGAUGAAGGCGGCGAGCAUCUAGAAGAUGAUCAUGUUGUGCUAGAGAAUUCUUUUAAUUUGGUGGAGGAGGAUGGGGAUGAGGAUGAUGGGAUCCCUGACCUGUUUAAGGAUCUCUACGAGUCUGAACCACAAGGUGAUGGACAGAAUACAAUCUAUGCCGAGCUAAUAGAGGAAGCGAAGCGGUCAGCUAGUGAUGGUGGGACAAUGUCCAGAUUUGCUUUCACCGUGAAGUUACUCCAUGUCAAGUCCUUCUACCGGAUGAGCAACGCCGCCUUGAACGGAAUACUCCAUCUCUUGGCCAUCCAAUACCCCAAAAGCUCAAUUCCCAAAAAUUACGAUGAAGCAUUGAGUAUCAUCGGAAGAUUGGGGCUUGGUUAUGAAUCAAUCCAUGUCUGCCCAAGCAAUUGUGUCUUGUUUCGGAAGACGUAUGCCAAGCUUGACAAGUGCCCUAAAUGUGAUGCCUCUAGGUGGAAAGAUGGGGAUGGCAGGAAGCAGAUACCGGAGAAGGUAUUGAGGUACUUUCCAAUUAUUCCAAGGCUGCAAAGGAUGUUUAUUUCAAAGAAACAAUCUGAAGAAGUGCAAUGGCACAAGCUGAAGCGGAAACCUGUGACUAAUGAGCUUAGCCAUCCAGCGGACGGAAAGGCAUGGAAAGACUUUGACAGUCAACAUAAAGACUUUGCCGCCGAUGCGAGAAACAUAAGACUCGGCCUUGCCACAGAUGGCUUUAACCCCUUUGGCAUGAGCAGGAAGUACAACAUGUGGCCAGUAUUCAUCGUGCCGUACAACCUGCCACCAUGGGCAUGUAUGGAUCAGUCCAACUUCAUGAUGGCUUUGCUGAUCCCGGGUCCAGAUUCUCCAGGAAAGGAUUUUGAUAUCUUUAUGGAGCCCCUCGUUGAAGAUUUGUUCAAGCUAUGGAAUGGUGUGCAGACCUAUGAUGCCCUGAGUCCCGAUAAGUUCAAUCUGCGUGCUGCGGUUAUAUGGUGCAUCCAUGAUUUCCCGGCGCUGCACACUUUGUUGGGUAGGCUCACGGCUGGUUAUCAAGCAUGCGUGCGUUGUGACAAGGACCCGUGCUCCGAGAGAAGAAGAAACAAGUUAUGCUGGAUAGGGAGCCGCCGUUUUCUUCCUCUGGACCAUCGUUGGCGAAAAAGCAAAGGGUUCAAUGGCAAUACUGAACCACGUGACCCUCCGGCAGAGUUUACUAAAGAGGAGCUCAAGCAGCAACUUGACAAGGUGAAAGAUGUCAGACCGGGAAAGAAUCAAAAGAAAAGGAAGUGGGAGGAAGGUCAAUGUUGGGACCGGAGGUCUAUUCUGUGGGACCUCCCAUACUGGGCAGAUCUGAAGUUGAGGCACAAUCUGGAUGUAAUGCACAUUGAGAAAAACAUAUGUGACAAUCUGCUUGGGACAUUUAUGAACAUCGACGGGAAGUCAAAGGACACACUUAACUCGAGGCUUGAUUUGGAAGAUAUGGGCAUAAGGGAAGCUUUGCACCUACGGCCUAUUGAUGGGGGAAAGUCGUUUGAGAUGCCGGAAGCAUGGUAUACAAUGACUAAAGAAGAAAAGAUUGCAUUUUGUGAGUUUAUAAGAGCGGUGAGGUUUCCAGAUGGGUAUGCCGCUAACCUCGCAAAGUGCGUGUCUCCCGAUGGAUGCAAGCUCCAGGGGCUGAAAACCCAUGAUUGCCAUAUCCUCCUCCAAAGGAUCUUACCGGCUGGACUCCGUGGAAUAAUGGAUAAAGAAAUAUAUGAAGCGAUCGCUGAGUUGGGAAAUUUCUUUAAAGAGUUGUGCUCCAAAACACUGAAGCUGUCUGUUCUUGAAAGACUCGAAAAAGAAAUCCCAAUUAUCCUCUGCAAACUUGAAAAGAUCUUUCCACCAGCCUUCUUCACCGUGAUGGUUCAUUUGGCGGUUCAUUUACCCAAAGAGGCAAUUCUUAGAGGCCCCGUACAGUACGGCUGGAUGUAUCCCGUGGAAAGAAGGAUGCUUACAUUUAAGCGCUAUGUGCGAAACAUGGCCAGACCCGAGGGGUCAAUUGCUGAGGCAUAUAUUGUUGACGAGUGUCUGACUUUUUGCUCUCGGUACUUCGAUGAUCUGGAAACUAGAUUUAAUCGGCCAGGCAGAAAUAUAGAGCGGGAUGAUUCGCAUAGUGGUGAUGUAUCGGUUUUCAGUCAUGGUGUCAAAUUUCUUGGAGGGUCACAAUACUCGGAGGCAGGGGAUGACUACGAGAAGAUGCAUUGGUUGUGCAAGAAGGAACUGGAGGAGCAAGAUAGCCGCAUCAAUGUUCACAAGUGGCUUGCGAAGGGAUUUGCUGGAUGGUUUAAGAAACAUAUUGGAAAAUUGCACGAGGAAGAUAAGGUGAGUGAUGAUCUCUUUGCUCUGGCAUGCGCGCCGGAUAAGAGAGUGAGGGUAUAUACUGCAUGUGUUAUUGAUGGUGUCCGCUACCACACCCUUGACCGUGAGAAAAAUAGAAACACACAGAAUAGUGGAAUUGUCACCGAGGGAGAACACGAAAAUACCUUAAUUGACUUCUACGGUCAGCUGAGAAGCAUCAUCAGGCUCCAAUAUAACUCCAGCGGAGGCGUCCAUCGUUCGGUCGUCUUGUUCCGCUGUGAUUGGUUUGAUCUUGGCGGGAAGAAGAAUAGCCGAGUCCGGGAGGAUCGACACUUCAAAAGUAUAAACACCGGAAGGUUCUGGUACAAGAAUGAUGCUUUUAUCCUAACAACACAAGCAACAAAGGUCUUCUAUCUUCCUGACACUGAUUUGGGUGGCCAUUGGCGAGUUGUGCAAAAAUUCCAGCAUAGACAUUUGUGGACUGUGAAGGAAAGUGAAGUGGACAAGGGUCCCGGUGGUGGUUCGCUAUCUUACCAAGAUGAUGACACACCGGAAGUUCCAGUGCUAACCCGAGAACCCACUGUGGAGACCAGACCGCAAAGGCGCCGUGAACAAAUGUUAGUUGAUGCAGCGGUUGUGGAAAGAAUGAGGAAAAGAAGGAAGGAGGUAGUGGAUCUACAGGAAAGCGACGAUGAAGUAGAUCAUACAGUACACCAAUACUGUGAUGAUGAUGAAGAUAACAGGCCGUUCGACGAUGAUUAG